CAGAACCACAGACAAGCGUCGGGUCUGACCAAGGAGCUCGCCCCCGGGGCUCUCGACUCUCAUGCCUCACUCCUGGAGACCAGCGAACCUUCCACCCCGUCCACACCUAAGAGGGUGGAGGUUCGACUGGUGGAUGAUGCCCGAGGCUACGAGGUGACGCUGUGCGAUCAUCGAGAGGCUGAUGGUAGAGAGACCUGGGCCAGCAAUGCAGACUUCCUUCUCUCCAUCAUCGGUUUUGCUGUAGACCUUGCCAAUGUCUGGCGGUUCCCCUACCUGUGCUACCGGAAUGGAGGCGGUGCAUUCCUAAUCCCCUACACGCUGAUGCUGGUCUUCGGCGCUGUCCCUCUCUUCUACAUGGAGCUUAUCCUCGGACAAUACAACAGGCAGGGUCCUAUCAGUGUGUGGAGGAUAUGCCCCAUUUUCAAAGGUGUAGGUUUCUGUGCAGUCCUGGUAGCAUUCUACGUCUCCUUCUACUACAACGUGAUCAUAGGCUGGUCCCUGUACUUCCUGGUGGCCUCGUGGUCGCCUGAGCUACCUUGGCUGCAUUGCAAUCAUACCUGGAACACUCCGUUGUGUGCAGACGCAGGCCGUAAUAACUCCAACCUCACGAUUCUACACAACUCUCCAGCAUCCGAAUACUUCCACCGCGGUGUACUGGAGAUGCAGCACAGUCCGGGACUACAUGAGAUGGGAUACCCCAAGUGGCAGCUGACAGUGUGUCUACUCUGCGUGUAUUCCAUGCUCUACCUGUCACUGUUCAAAGGAGUGAAAUCCUCAGGCAAGGUGGUGUGGGCCACUGCCACGCUGCCGUAUGUGGUGCUGUCUAUUCUGCUGAUACGAGGUCUAAUGUUGCCUGGAGCUCUCUCCGGAAUCCAGUAUUACCUUCAUCCACAGCUUUCCAAACUGAAGGAAACUCAGGUUUGGGUAGAUGCUGCAGUUCAAAUCUUCUACUCUGUCGGGGCUGGGUUCGGAGUACAUCUCUCCUACGCCAGUUACAACAGUUACCACAACAACUGUUACAGGGAUUGCAUCAUCACAACGGCAGUAAACUGUUUCACAAGUUUCUUCUCCGGCUUUGUCAUCUUCACCUACCUCGGUUUUAUGUCUCAUAAACAAGGCAUUCCCAUAAGUUCUGUCGCCACCGAAGGUCCUGGUUUAGUGUUUCAAGUUUACCCAGAAGCCGUGGCCACCCUUCCUGGAUCCUACAUUUGGUCUUUGCUGUUCUUCUUUAUGCUCAUAAUGCUUGGUUUGGAUAGUGCUAUGGGAGGCUUGGAGUGUGUCAUUACUGGCCUGAUGGAUGAAUUCCACUCAUUUUUCAAGCCGUACAAAUAUGCUCGGGAGACCUUCACUUUGUUUGCUGUUGCAUUUUCCUUUUGCAUCGCCAUUUUCAACGUUACACCAGGUGGAAUUUAUAUGUUUCAUCUACUAGACACAUAUUCCGCUGGUAUCUCGCUUCUGUGCUCAGCUCUUUUUGAGUGUGUGGCAGUAUCAUGGUUCUAUGGUUUGGAGAGAUUCACACAAGAUGUUGAGUCCAUGUUGGGUAUUCGUCCGGGCUGCUAUUGGAGAAUCUGUUGGAAGUUUAUAAGUCCAGCUUUUAUUAUUGUAGUCAUAGUGUUUGGCCUACUCUACCAUGAACCACUUCGCUACAAUGACUACUUGUACCCGGGCUGGGCAGAGUGGAUAGGCUGGUCUCUUGCAAUGUCUUCUAUCCUCAUGAUACCCCUCAUAGGGAUCAUACAAGUGGCCAAAGCUCCCGGCACACUGAGAGACAAAAUAGCAUACAGCAUAACUCCCAUCGAAGAACAUGAAACAUUGUCAAGAACUAAGGAAGUAAGCAGAUUCAAGUGUAAACACUGGCUGUAUGUGUAAAAGCUGUCAACUGCGCUUCUGGCUUUUACUGAGAUGAAUGCACAGAAAAGCAUUCAACAUUUGGUGAAGCAUUUAUAACCGUAUGAACUGCACCUACCUCAUUGAGUGAUUUGAAAUUCAGUUCUCCAAAUUUAUACAGUUUGCUGGAGAAGAACAGAAUUGUGCAAACCGCCAGUAGAAGGAUCAAGGAAAACUACAUUGCUGCUGUUUAACCUUACAAAGCAGACAAAAAUCAAACUAUUCAUAAAAUACAACUAAACCAUAAAUAAUGAAUUACUUCAAAAGGUCGUUACAAGAAAACUCAAGAUAAUAUUAACAUAACUGUAAAUUUCAAAAGAGAUUUACUCCUAAUUUUAUCUAAAAGUUUGCAAACUUGAAUUGUAAUAAACCUAUCUUUAAACCUAUCUUUAAACCUACUAAAUAUCUGAUCACAUAUUAUGUGAUAGGGUAUAAUAUAAUGUGAGAUAGGUAUAUAAAAUAUUGGUUCCUAAACAUGAAAUGUGUACACUGCAUCCUAUGCUUUUAGCUUUAUCGUAUUUAGUAUGGGGAUCAUAAUACAUUUUUUUAAUUUCAUUCAUAUUCUCUUCACAUGUUAAAGAUGUUUAAGACACUAUAACAAUAGGUUUUGUAGAUAGGCCUACCUCGUAUUAAAACUGUCCAUAAUUUUUUUUUUAUUUUAAAUAAAAUGUUGAAAAAUGUUGCUACUUAUGUUAUUUUAAUACAUAAAAUUACGGAAAAUCAAUGAAUUUUUGUCAAUAACAAAAGUGUCAUCUCAAUAUUUCAACACUAAUUCUUCACUCAUUGUCAAUUCACAAAGAUAACUGUUAGCUUAUUUUCAAGUAAACAUAUGUGAAUCCUAUAACAACACAAUUGAACGGCUAAACGCAAUUCAUCAGCCUGAAACUUAUAUUUAUUAAUUAAUAUUUUAGAUCACAACAAAUUCAUACUAUAUGAACUUGACAAUAAUAGAAAUCCUCAUAGUAUAUAAUAUUUUCAUCAGGCUUUGAAAAUCUAAAGAAUAGUUUUACUGACUUUCUUAGAAACUAGAUUUGAUUUUUAAAGAACACUAAAACAUGUAUUUUUAAUUAGAGACAUUUGAUCAUUUUUUAA